AAUAAUAAAUGAAUCGGAUAAACAUGUAAAAUCCGAGAACGUACGCUCGCGAAAAUUGUAUAAAUGAGGACCUCCGCAUGUUGGACUGAUUCGUCGCAGUGUCGUAUUCUGAGUGUUCUGGCGGCACGACGAGCUUCCGCACGUGCCAGAACAAGUUAACCUACAUGUGGAAAUAUGUUCUCGCCGAGAGGCUCGGGUAAAUCGGAUUACAUUAGUUUAAAUAUUCACGAUAGCGCGUCGUUUGCACGCGGCACUUCGCGCAGUCUAUGGAGGCAAUGGAAUCAGUUGUCCAGGUUCCAGAGGAACAUCCUGUACUUCGCAAUUGUCACGCUCUUACUUGUAAUAUUUUAUCUGCUGUCUAGCGAAGCCAAAGCCGAUCCCUCUGACAAUGAGGUAGACUAUAGCAAUGUUGAAGUUGUACAAGAAACUGCCAAGUACGAGAAGGCAGUCGAUGAGGUUGUUGUGGACAAUGAUGAACAGGCUGUUGCACCUGGGGAAGUAAUUGAGGAACCUGAGUUUCAGCCAGAGAUUAAUCAAGUUGACGAUGAUCAGAUCGGCGAACCACCGCAGCCAAGGCCGAACAUCCUCAAAUUCAAUGGACCACAAAAUAACAGGCAAGAGGCUGUCGUAGCUGCAUUUAAACAUUCAUGGGAUGGAUAUAAAAAAUAUGCCUGGGGUCAUGAUAAUGUUAAACCAAUAUCAAGGAGAUAUCACGAGUGGUUUGGUUUAGGACUUACUAUAGUCGAUUCCUUAGAUACUAUGUAUAUAAUGGGUUUAAAUGAUGAAUUUGCAAGAGCGAGAAAAUGGGUGGAAGAUAAUUUAGUGUUUACAAUGAAUAGAGAUGUUAAUUUAUUUGAAGUUACAAUUAGGGUAUUAGGCGGUUUACUAGCAGCAUAUCAUCUCUCUGGUGAUAUACUUUUUUUAAAUAAGGCUACGGAUUUGGGUGACCGCAUGAUGCCAGCGUUUUCUACCAGAUCGGGUGUUCCAUAUUCCGACGUGAAUCUUGGUACCAGAAGUGCGCAUAGUCCUAAAUGGGGUCCUGACAGUAGCACGAGCGAAGUUACUUCGAUUCAAUUGGAAUUUCGCGAUCUCAGUCGUAGCACGGGUCAACCCAAGUUCGAGGCUGCGGCCGCGAAAGUUUCUGAUCAUGUACAUAAGUUAGAGAAAUAUGAUGGUUUGGUCCCUAUCUUUAUUAACGCUAAUACGGGACAGUUUCGAGAAUAUGCAACGAUUACGUUAGGUGCUCGCGGCGAUAGCUAUUAUGAAUACUUAUUAAAGCAGUGGUUGCAAACGGGGAAGACCAUCGACUACCUACGAGACGAUUACUUGUUAGGCAUUGCAGGAACGCAAAAGCAUCUCGUUAAAUACACAGCGGUCAAUAAAUAUUUGUUCAUCGCUGAAUUGAUCGGCGCCAACAAAGAAAUAAGACCAAAAAUGGACCAUCUCACGUGUUACUUGGGAGGUACUUUAGCGUUAGGCGCGCAUCAUGGACUACUGUCAGAUCAUAACGCUCUUGCCGAAGAAAUAGUUAACACUUGUUAUCAAACGUACGCGAUUCAACCAACGUUCCUCGCACCUGAGAUCACUUAUUUUAAUAUACAAAAAAUCGAGGGUGAUAAUCAAAUGGACAUGUACGUAAAGACGAACGAUGCACAUAACUUACUGAGGCCCGAGUUUAUUGAGAGCCUAUUUUAUAUGUGGUACUUCACGGGGAAUAAAACUUACCAAGAUUGGGGUUGGCAAAUAUUUCAGGCUUUCGAAAACUAUACCAAAGUUGAGGAUGGCUACACGAGUAUCGGUAACGUCCGGAAUGUCCACCAAACCCGACAGCAGGAUAUGACGGAGAGCUUUUGGUUUGCCGAAACUUUAAAGUAUCUGUACUUGUUAUUUGACGACACUAGACAAUUGAUAGACUUGGAUAGGUGGGUAUUCAAUUCGGAGGGUCAUGUCUUACCCAUAUACGAAUCGUAACGCAGUAGGACGUAGAGCCAUGUGAGUUUUAGAUUUAAUGACGUGCACUUAUUUGAUAAAAUUGUUUAAAUACUCUAUUGCUGAUGUUACGUUUUUCUACGAUGUCCCGUCAAACUUGAUGAGCUCCCGCGACAUAAUGUGUCUCCUCAUUUAAUCGUGAAAAUUCCUUUUGCAAGAAAUUAGUCAUUUGAGGAGGUUACUAACGAUAGACAUCUAUCUAGAGUGUGUAACGCGCGCUGUGUAUCACGAAAUAAAGAUACUAAAUAAUAGCGAAAAUAAAACAGAUUACGGAUGAUUUACAACCGUGGUGAGCGAUAAUCUUUGAAAUUUUCCUCAAUACUCGAUGUACGAGCACACGCUGCACUGCAAAGUUGUUUUCAAUCACAUCAAAAGAAAUAAAAAGUGUAGAAUACUGUAAAUACCGACUCUUCUGUUUAAUUUAACACUACUAGUGAAAAGCAGUUUCAAAUAAUAAGCAAAUGUGUAUCAUUUAGCUAUGCCUACCAAAUGCCUAAAACUAACAAAAUCAAUAAUAAACGCGUUAUUAGUGUGUUAGAUUCUCAAUAGCAAUAUUCCCAAAAAAA